AUGGUCAUGUAUAUUAUUAUUUGUGUUUCGCUUAAAAACAAUAAUCUAAAAAUUAUCAUCAAUUUUAGGGCUACUGGUUAUUCUGGAACCGAGAUAACAUCUGAUUCCAACAGGCCAACGGAAUCCUCGAGACUGGCAGCUUGUUCUUCCUAUAUCUCGAGUUCUUCCGCUCAACCAAGUGCAGUCAGUGUGAGCUCUACUCAUCCAAGUGCGAGUUCAGCAACUUAUAGUGCGUCCGGUUCAACUGGCGCCCGCGAUACGUCACUUGGUCACGGAGUAACUAGGACCUCGGCUUAUACUCUAUCAGGAAGACCGUAUGAUUAUUCCAGGCCGACAGAAUCAUCGAGGCCCACCGGAUAUUCUUCGUACUCCACCGACUCUUCUCGACCAAUCACGAGUUCACGGCACCCGGCGAGUUCCUCUGGCUCUCCUAAAGUAUCGUCAGCUGACGGAACUGCAAGGGCUGAGGUUGAACGAGUAAGAUGUGGGUUGCUAGGCGACGGAGUGAGUGGUCGUGCAAACGUGAUAUCGGAUAAAGAAUUUCGGGACAAGAACAAAGUGCUAACGACCUCUGACCAGCAAAAACAUGCCGCACAGCUGACAACCAGGGACAUCAACCUGCACAAGCAUGAGAAUCGUCGAGCUCACCACACCGACAAAUACGAGCACUCGAACUUGAUUGUACGGAGAGGGGAGAGUUUUGACAUCACUUUGAUCUUCAACAGAGCUUACUUCGAAGAUGUGUCAUUGAACUCUUGUUUGUGGCUCCUGGAAAGAGCACAGCUUGCUACCGGGGCGCGUGCGAAUCCUCUCCGAGUCACACGCUGUAUCUCUGCCAUGGCAAACUUCAAUGAUCAAGAUGGAGGUGUUCUUUACGGUCGCUGGGACAGUAACUACCCCAAGGACACCACCCCUCCUACAGCCUGGUCUGGCAGCGUCGCCAUCUUGGAGCAGUUCUGGCAGAAGAAGAAUGUGGUGAAGUUCGCUCAGUGCUGGGUCUUUUCAGGACUUGUUACUACAUUGCUUAGGGCGAUAGGUAUACCCACCCGGUCAGUGACAAACUUUGCCUCUGCACACGACUCAGACGCCAGCAUGACCAUAGACUUCCAUUUCGACGAGGACGGCAAACCGCUCAAGGAACUAGACGACUCUGUUUGGAAUUUUCACGUGUGGAACGAGUCAUGGUUCAAGCGUCCUGAUUUACCAGAUGGUCAUGAUGGAUGGCAGGCUCAUGAUGCCACACCUCAAGAGACAAGCUAUGGAGUAUUUCGUUGUGGUCCAGCCUCAGUGAAAGCAGUGAAGCAAGGAGAAGUGUAUCUACCCUACGAUACAAACUUCGUGUUUGCUGAAGUGAAUGGCGACCGAGUCUUCUGGGAAGUGGAAGAGAACGGUCAAAUGAAAGUGAUCAGGGUUGAUAAAAAGUGCAUUGGAAAGAUGAUCAGCACCAAAGCUAUUGGCAGUGACAAGAGGGAUGACAUUACUCACGAAUAUAAACAUCCUGAAGGUAAGGUUUAUCUUGAAUUCUCACAUUUCAUUUUCCAUUUUUUUCAGUUCGAAGAUGUGUCAUUGAACUCUUGUUUGUGGCUCCUGGAAAGAGCACAGCUUGCUACCGGGGCGCGUGCGAAUCCUCUCCGAGUCACACGCUGUAUCUCUGCCAUGGCAAACUUCAAUGAUCAAGAUGGAGGUGUUCUUUACGGUCGCUGGGACAGUAACUACCCCAAGGACACCACCCCUCCUACAGCCUGGUCUGGCAGCGUCGCCAUCUUGGAGCAGUUCUGGCAGAAGAAGAAUGUGGUGAAGUUCGCUCAGUGCUGGGUCUUUUCAGGACUUGUUACUACAUUGCUUAGGGCGAUAGGUAUACCCACCCGGUCAGUGACAAACUUUGCCUCUGCACACGACUCAGACGCCAGCAUGACCAUAGACUUCCAUUUCGACGAGGACGGCAAACCGCUCAAGGAACUAGACGACUCUGUUUGGAAUUUUCACGUGUGGAACGAGUCAUGGUUCAAGCGUCCUGAUUUACCAGAUGGUCAUGAUGGAUGGCAGGCUCAUGAUGCCACACCUCAAGAGACAAGCUAUGGAGUAUUUCGUUGUGGUCCAGCCUCAGUGAAAGCAGUGAAGCAAGGAGAAGUGUAUCUACCCUACGAUACAAACUUCGUGUUUGCUGAAGUGAAUGGCGACCGAGUCUUCUGGGAAGUGGAAGAGAACGGUCAAAUGAAAGUGAUCAGGGUUGAUAAAAAGUGCAUUGGAAAGAUGAUCAGCACCAAAGCUAUUGGCAGUGACAAGAGGGAUGACAUUACUCACGAAUAUAAACAUCCUGAAGGUUCCAUACACGAACGCCGUGCUGUAGAGAUGGCAUACAAGUACAGCAGCCGCAAAGAUCAAGCCAUCUAUGGACUGUCCAUAGAAGACGUGAAAUUCUCUUUUGAAUUGCCGGAUGACGUGCCCAUUGGAAAGGGCGUUAGCGUGGCAUUGAAGAUGAAAAACACCACUUACCAAAGGCGUACAAUCAAGGGAAAGAUGACAGGAAUGAUUGGUUUUUACACUGGGAUACCAUGCAAGGAUUUGAAGGAGGAAGUAUUUGAAAUCAUUGUAGACCCAAGACAAGAAAAGAGCUUUAUCAUGGACUUCCCAGCAGCGAUGUAUCUUGACAAGUGUGAAGCAGAUGGAGGGCUCAAGGUUUAUGUCAAGGCGACCGUGAAGGAAAAUGGUCAGAGAUUUGCUUCGUAUGACACAGUUGAUUUCCAGAGGCCCAACUUAAUUAUGGAGAUCACUCGAGGUGAAGCCAGAGUAGGCAGAGACUUUGAGGUCAAACUGUCGUUCGUGAAUCCUUUACCAGUUAAAAUAACAGGAGGAAAGUGGUACAUUGAGACAUCAGGAACAAACCCAAAGUCUAAAGUUAUUCCAAACAGCGCAAUUGUCCCAGAAGGAAAAGAGGUGCAGACCUCUUUCAAAUUAACGCCUUACCGCGCGGGACUGUGCAGAGUGUCUGCCACCUUCAGAGCCGACAUGCUCAGCGGUGUUCGAGGCACGGGUAGCGUGCAAGUUAUGGAAUAAAAUCCGCUGUUUCACAGCUAUGCGUAACAUGAAACCUGGGAAUUACUAGAAUAAAAGGACCAAAAAAAAAA